GGGGCUCUGACUCAUAGGUUUGAAGGAAGGGGCUGCUGGCAGCCCAGACUCCUAGGUCCUGAUAGAGAAAAAGGCUAGGGGUCUAGAUUUCUGGAACCUAGGAGAGGAGAUGGUUGGGAGCUGAAUUCCUGGGUGUAAGGGGGAAAGAAGCCGCGGUCCCAGACGCCUGGAACCUGAUGGAGGAGGGGCUGGGAGCCUAGACUCCUGGGUCCUGGGAGAGGAGGUAUUUGGGGGCUGGAUUCCUGGGUCUUACGCAUUACCUGCUCCGCCACUCUUUCUUAAACCCUCCCCUGUCCCUUUUUCCAAGCACCAUCCCCAUGACGACUCCUGGCUGUCAACACAGUUUAAAGGGCCAGUGCCCCAGUCCCCAAAGCUCAGCCCCUCUCUGACCAGAAAGUCCCGCCCCCACCACUCCCAACCCCCCAAACAAAAGCUGCUGAGACAUUAAUAUUCCAGGCACAGACACUGUUGGUUACUGACUCCUCAGGAGGGGGAGGGAGUAAGACAAAAGCCCCCCACCCUUACCCCAUGUGCACCCUCAAGCAGAGAGCAGGGGAUAGAUUUGGUAGGGGCAGAUCCAGAGGAACCAGAUGGCUCCCAGGAGAUGGGGCAGGACAGGAAGUACAGACAGAGAACGUGACAGUGGCUGAGGGUGGGGUGGCUGAGAUCACCUGCGGUCUGCACCAGUAUGAUGGGUCCAUAGUUGUCAUCCAGAACCCAGCCCGGCAGACCCUCUUCUUCAAUGGCACCCGUGCGUUGAAGGAUGAGCGUUUCCAGCUUGAGGAGUUCUCCCCACGCCGGGUGCGGAUCCGGCUCUCAGAUGCCCGCCUGGAGGACGAGGGGGGCUAUUUCUGCCAGCUCUACACGGAAGACACCCACCACCAGAUUGCCACGCUCACUGUACUAGUGGCCCCAGAGAAUCCCGUGGUGGAGGUCCGGGAGCAGGCGGUAGAGGGCGGUGAGGUGGAGCUCAGCUGCCUGGUUCCACGGUCCCGCCCGGCUGCCACCCUGCGCUGGUACAGGGACCGCAAGGAGCUGAAAGGAGUGAGCAGCGGCCAGGAAAAUGGCAAGGUCUGGAGCGUAGCAAGCACAGUGCGGUUUCGUGUGGACCGUAAGGACGACGGUGGUAUCAUCAUCUGUGAGGCGCAGAACCAGGCGCUGCCCUCCGGACACAGCAAGCAGACGCAGUACGUGCUGGACGUGCAGUACUCCCCAACGGCCCGGAUCCAUGCCUCCCAAGCUGUGGUGAGGGAGGGAGACACGCUGGUGUUGACAUGUGCUGUCACGGGGAACCCGAGGCCAAACCAGAUCCGCUGGAACCGCGGGAAUGAGUCUUUGCCGGAGAGAGCGGAGGCCGUGGGAGAGACGCUCACGCUGCCGGGUCUGGUGUCCGCGGAUAACGGCACCUACACUUGCGAGGCGUCCAAUAAGCACGGCCAUGCGAGGGCGCUCUAUGUACUCGUGGUCUACGAUCCCGGUGCGGUGGUAGAAGCUCAGACGUCGGUUCCCUAUGCCAUUGUGGGCGGCAUCCUGGCGCUGCUGGUGUUUCUGAUCAUAUGUGUGCUAGUGGGCAUGGUCUGGUGCUCGGUACGGCAGAAGGGUUCCUAUUUGACCCACGAAGCCAGUGGCUUGGAUGAACAGGGAGAAGCAAGAGAAGCCUUCCUCAACGGCAGCGAUGGACACAAGAGGAAAGAGGAAUUCUUCAUCUGACCCUACCCCCACCCCAGGCCUAGGCCUGGGCCUGGGCUGGGGUCCCCUCCACUGCCAGCUGCAAGGAACCAGCAAAGACAUUUACCAGAGUCUGGGAUGGUGGGCUUCUCCCCCCACCACUAACACCUCAGACACUUGGGCAGGGAUGGGGGUGUUGGAUGCCUGGAUCUCUGUAAGGGCCAGAAGUGAGAGCCCAGAGGUCUGGGUCCCCCAGGGGGCAAGGGCCAAAGGUCCAGAUCCCCCAAGUCCAGGGAGGGCAGUAGGGACUGGGUUGGGAAAAGAUAACUGGGGGAAGGCUAGGGCCCCUAGGCUACAAAACCAGGUCUUGUGGGGAGGGGGUCAGUUUCUGGGAAGGGUGGGGUGGGCAGGGAAGGGGAACACAGAUUUCUUUGGGGGUCCUAGACCCCAUGCCAGCCAUUGUUAAGAGUUCCACAGAGCUCUGGGCACCUCUUUGCAAAGCCAUGUUUGCACGGUGGGGGGAUGGGUGGGGGGAGGGCAUGGAAACAGGGAUUCUGUGUCUUUGUGUCAUAACUUUGAUGGGGGCAGUGAGGGAGACAACCCCAACCCUUUUCUCCAAACCCCCUUCUCCAGGUUCCUGGACUCCCCUUCUCUCUACCUUCUCCCCCAACGUCUGUCCCAUCCAUAUUUGUCUCUCCACCCACUCCUGGGGGGGCCUUCCCCAUCUCUCCUCCAGGCCCCCCCGGGGAGGGGGAAAGGAAUUUGGGGAGGAUACAUGGUCUCUAUGGUUUUAUAUAUAAUAUAUUAAAAAAUCAAAAAUCUGUAUGAAAAUAUCAGAUUGCACCCCCCCUCCCCAUUCCUGGCUUUUGCCCCCUUUGUUAAAAAAACAAAAACAAAAAACAAAAAACCACACACACAUUUUGUAUGGGGCAGGGAGGGAAAUGGGGAGGGGAUUUGGCAAUCUCACUAACCACCAUUAAACUGAGGAGAGAACAAG